AGUUUCAUUCCGCCAGUAAUUAAAAUUAUUAGUUUCAAUUGAGAUUGUGCUUGCUUUUGUCACAAUUGGUUUUCGCCAACAAUAAACAUCCCCAUUUUGAUGAAUCGUAAAAGGAGCUGCUUCUGCAUGGUUGUUUUCAGCAGAUUGCAAAAAUGUUUUAAACGGGUGGGAUGCAAGCUCGCUUUCAAAUCAGACACGGUGAAUUGUUUUAUUCGAUAUUUGUUCAAUAUAUAUACUUUAAUAUACCAACCUGCGGUAUGUGAUGAUCGUGUAGCGAGUAAAUCCUCAUGUUCAAAUCUUGAAGAACACGCAACAAUUGCCAGGAGACAACGAACUUCAUCGGCAGCAACACCUGUUUUUGGAUCAACAAUAUCAGCAAAUAGAAGACUAAGAGUGGGAGUAUCCUGUCCUGUUGAUUACUAUUUAACAAUUUUAGAAGAUUUUCUUUUGUGAUAGAACUCACUUUCUCAGCCUCGAUCAAUAGAUAUCCAUUGACUUUGUUACAGCUUUGCAUCAACUAUUCCUGCUUGGCCUAAACGAUUGC